GCCUGCUUUGCCCAGGCACAGAUGAGCAUCUGUGCAUUUAAUAUUGUGUUCCUUUUCCAGUGCUUCCUGUGACUGUCCAUGCAGAUCAUACUAAAGAAAUAGUCAAAGAAAUUCUCUCUCUAACUGAUUCAUCCAACUCCAAUACCACGGAUUCCUGGAUAUGGUCAAACCAGCACAGAGAUAAUUUUUCAUGGGCUUUAUGAGGAUUGCAUUUGCCACAGAAGAUCUGAAGCCCAUUAAGCCCUGAUGGGGACCAAUACCUUUCAUUUUGUACAGAGAGGAAAAAUGUGCUGAGCCCAGGAGCUCAAGUGAGGCAGGAGCUGUGCCCGUGGUGUGGGAGAUGCCGAUCAAUAGGGCAUGAUUGAGUGCUCCAUUAUAACCUUACACUGAAACCUGGUUCCCGUAACAGCUGCUGGAGUUUAAAAGCCAUCUGUAAACUUCAGCAGGAGCUAACCAGUGCCCAGAACAACACUGGGCUGCAGUUCCAUCAGUGGCACCCUGCCAGCAUCUGCACUUUGUCGGGGUGAGCCAAACAAACAUCGCACCAAACACGUUUUCAAGGGAACAGCUUCACUAGACUGGCUCUCAGAGCCUACAGCUUCAAUGUUUAAAGAAAAAUACAACAUAGAAACAGACACAAAACUGACCUGUUGGUUCCCACCAAGAGAAGAGUCUCUUGUUUUCGUUCUGAGUUGCAAACUCGAAGAAAGAAGCCUGGAAGGUUGUUUCUAAAAUGGCUGAGCAGGUUCAAACAAGGCAAGAACCCUCAACAGAGUGAAGAGGUGCCCAUGAAGAACUUUCAUGAACGUUACAUAAAACACGAGGCUCUUUAAGUAGUUGCUUUUCAUCCAGAGUUCUUUGAUAAAUUAAUAAGGCAUUUAACAAGCCAUUAAUGAAGCAGGAAGUCUUUUAGGCAAAGAGAAUAUUAACUUCAAGUGGGCAAAACUGUGAAAACGAUUCAGGAAAGCGAAGCCACUGGAGUGAGCAGACCAGAGAUUCAUCCGGAUGAUCACGUAUCUUGCUACAGGUCUGACUACAAGCAAUGAAAAGUUCAGUAAAUCCUAUCCAUCCUGCUGCCCCAUCCUGAGAGACACACACCCAAUCCCACCGGGUUUAUCACAAGGCAGAGGAAUCAUCAGGCCGAGCUGGGACUCUGGGCUGCCUUCCCCACUUCCUUCUGACUCCUUCAAGUACCUUGGCUGGUAUGACAUAGAGGAACACGAUGUUCGAGGAAAUCAGCUCCGCUGUCCCCGAGUGAGAGAAGGGCCCCCAGAAGAAGAGCUGUUUUUCAGAAGAGAAGAACAUACUUUGAAAAAAAGAAAACAAGUAACUGACACAGAGAAAUGGGAGAAGAGGCUGCAAGAGAACUGGGAAAACUGUGCUGAGCUGAACCUUUCAUUCCAGGACCUGGGUGAUGUUUAUCAGGUGGAAAACUUCAAGAGGAUUCUCCGAAGAUUAAUUCGGGUGGAAAAGCUUUGGUUGGUGGACAAUUCUUUGACAGACCUCAGUGCCAUAAGGUUGCCAAGAUGCAGAGAAUUAAAUGUCAAUAAAAACCACUUUAGAUCCUUCAAACAGCUGCCAAAGAUCCCUCAGAUUCAGCACUUAUCUCUGGCUGAAAACAACAUUAUGACACUAAGUGGAAUAUCAGAUUUCAGACACACUCCGCUCGAAUCCCUCAUUCUCAAGAGGAAUCCCUGUGAGUUCCAAGAAAAAUACAGACAACUUGUAUUCUCCAGUUUGCCAAAUCUGAAAAUGCUGGAUGGGAUCCCAAAACUGCCAGAGGACUGUUCACCCCCAGGCAUCAGGUUUUUUUACAAAAUGUGUACUAUACUCUAGUGCUGUAUUUUUGGGGGAUCACAACUGUGCUACAACCACCUCGCUGAAAACAGACAAUAAAUCCUGCUUAUGGAAGUUACUAAAUUUUUUUUCUAACCAAAGAGAUAUUGAAGCAGAAAUAUAACAGUUUUGAAUGCAUUUGUGAUACCACAGGCUUCAAGUAAGCAUGGAUAUGGAUAUGUAAAUAACACAUAAUGUGUACACUGAGUGUAUGAGUUCAAUGUAUUAAAACUAUUGGGUGA